CCAGCACCAGCAUUUCCUACAGUUUCCUCUGGUUGUGGACUACGUUCCACCGACUGGCCAUCGUACCCUUCCUCGUUCUGUUGCACCUCUUGCCUUUCCCCCUCAUCCUCUUCCUUAACUUCCACAUCCUCAACUUCCUCAUCCUCAACUUCCUCAUCCUCAACUUCCUCAUCCACAGCUUCCUCAUCUCCAACUUCCUCAUCUACAACUUCCUCGUCUACAACUUCUCCUUCCAAAAUUUCCUCAUCCUCAACAUCCUCAGCUUCCUCAUUCUUAACUUCCUCUUGCACAUCUUCCUCAUCCUCAACUUCCUCAUCCUCAGCUUCCUCAUCCUCAACUCGCUCAUCCUCAGCUUCCUCAUUCUCAACUUCCUCUUGCACAUCUUCCUCAUCCUCAACUCUCUCAUCCUCAGCUUCCUCAUUCUCAACUUCCUCUUGCACAUCUUCCUCAUCUUCAACUCGCUCAUCCUCAGCUUCCUCAUCCUCAACUCGCUCAUCCUCAGCUUCCUCAUUCUCAACUUGCUCUUGCACAUCUUCCUCAUCCUCAACUACCUCUUGCACAUCAUCCUCAACUUCCUCUUGCACGUCUGACUCUUCCACAUCUUCCCCCCCUUCCUCAGACAAGGUCUCCUCUUCUCUUAGUUCAUCCUCCUCUUGCUGUCGUUCUACGGCAACCUGCUGCUGA